CUAGAUUAGAUCAGAAAUCUAGAUCUAGAUUCUAGAUCUACUCACUCUAAAGACGGAAUCGCAGCCUCUUUUGGCAAUGGAGCCAAAGCCAGAAAAAAAAAAUGGUCAUUGACAUGAUAUUCCAAUCUUGGACAGGGGAAUUUAGGGAUAAUAAAGAAUUUACAACUCUAAGAAAGACAUGGCAGGUGCCUAUGAAGGUGAAGUGUAUUCCCAUGGCUGUAAGCUCGUCCUCCCUGACUUAAAGUUCAAGGACGACAUCCAGCUGCGCUCAGACCCGAGUGUCACAGUUCACCACGAGAAACAGAGGUUGCUGAAGGAACAUUACCCUGCCGGUAAAGACCGUCCUGACGACUACAAGAUAAUUAUUUACAACAGAACCACCAGGCAUCAGAUGGUGAUGAACGACUCGAAAGACAUAGAGGAAUACUGUUCUGACCUAGCAGAUGAUAUUGAGCUUCAUAUUAAAGAAAACAAUGAAGCUCAGAACCAGCCCGCUCGAGGACACAACCUGCAGACUUUUGGUGUUGCUUUAAGAUAAGAUAAUGAUAAGAUAAUUAUAAGAUAAGGAUAAAGGGAUAAGAUAAGAUAAAUUUUUACUGUCC